CGGCACCCGACGGCAAGCAGAUCAACCCGCCAUGAGCCCGACUGUCAGCCCCUCGAUCCGCCGGUAACCGCGCCCACAACUAGCGACAAGCGCCUGCUGUGAAGAUGUCGCUAUUACUCUCUCCGGCCAAGCUAGUGCUGCUGGCCGUGCACCUGGCCGUCAAUGGCGACGUCGCCAGCUUGGCGACCCUCGCUGCCCGCCACAGCACCAUCCUUCGCAAGGACCUGCUACUGCGCAUCCUCCUGACAUACCUGCCCGAGACGCUUCCAUCAACCCAGUAUGUCAAUUUCGUCCAGCAGCUCGAGCAGGGUGUCUUUUCGGACACGGCAGGUCAGGAGGUGGAUUGCUCGUCGGUCGCCAAUCUCGAGGAAGACGAAGCGGCAAGGAAGGUCAAGAAGCUCCGCCUGCUUCCGUUGGCGCUCCCCGAUUUGCCCGUGGAGGCUGCCGAAGAUGUGCUCACUCAGUUUCUGUUGCACCGCGCAUACAAGGUGGACGAGGAGGCCGGGCUGCUGGACGAACUGCCGGCCUUGCUGCUCCCGUUCCUCGAGCACUCCCCGUGCAUCCGAAACCUGCUCGUGUCGGCGAUUCUUCCGCUUCUCAGACGGAACUGCGAAUACUAUCCCCACGAUCCGAUCCCGUACACACUUCACGCGUUUCAGCAGCUGCCAGAUCGUGUUGCUGUGAGCCUCCUGCUGUCGCAGACCGGCAAGUGGGACGCUGACCUGCCCUCGGUUGGACGGGACUUGCGCGGUUUGAUAGGUCCCUGGUUAUCAGAAGAGCGGAGAUGGAAACAGGGGAACGAUGCCGCCGAACCCCCAGGAGAGUCAUUAUCAGGGGCUGCGGACGGCGCCCUGUGCCCUGGAUGGGAAGAGGUCCUCCAUUGGCUAAUAACUCACGCGUCAAAGAAUUGGAAGGUUGCCGUCCACGCGGUACAGCAAUGGGAUGGUCCCACGGAUGUCGACCUUGGUGGCUGGUCGUCAUUGGGACUGGGCGACCCCCAAAUCGAUCAGCUAAGGCAGAGCUACGCGCGGGCGGCACUGGCGUCUGCCUACCUCAUCCCGGAGGCAUCACUGGAAGCCUUGGAGGGAGCAUAUAGCGUCGUCGCUAAAGUCGCGAACCUACGCGGUCUAGAGCCUGUUUCGACGCUCGCCUCAGCGCUGGCCGUUCUGCCGCCGCUCGCAGAGCAGAUCCCAGACGAGAUUAUGACUGCAAAGACCGCGACAUACAUGCGCAAUGAUCUUCUCAUCCCGUCAAACAUACUAACCACACCAACAGACGCCUCGGUGGCGUUUCUACAAGCCCUUGCCCUUAGUGCACACAUCCUCACCCGCGUUGGCUGUCCGUGCACACUACGUAGAGCUGGGGAGCUAGCCUUGCUUCAGGAUGAGCGAGAGCAAAAGGCCGAAGCAACAAAACUUAUCCAUAUCUUAAGCAACAAUGGGCCGAAGACGGACGACAAGUUCUGGGUCAAGGCAAGGAACGAGAUACUGUGGUUGAGGGACUGGGGAGCAGAAGACGGCUGGUCCACGGAUGCCGUUCCUCGGGGUGUUUUCAGCCAGGUCAAGCGGGACUUCCUAGAGCUCGAGAUCUUGAAGGCAUUGCUAUCCAACACCCGCUAUCCAUUGGCACGGUCAAUCUACGAAGACGCUCCGGACCGGCCGCUCGAUAAGAAGCUGCUGCAAGACACAAUCUACGCCACAGCGUUGGCCGCCUACGACAACGCAUCCAACCCUAAUCGCACCCGCGGCGGACUUAAGAAGUGCGAUGACAUAAUCAAGGCGUUCCCAAAGACUGUACGUGCCUCGGAUUCUCAAGCGAAGCGGAUUGAGGCGCUUCUCCAAGCCACACAUUCCCUGAGCGACCACCGCCUCGUGCUCAAGCAGGGCGAGCCCUUCACACCGGUCGUACUGCGUGUUCACUCGGACCCGAUCUCCAUCAUCGCCAAGAUCCUCGAGCAGAACCCCAAGAGUUACACCCAACUCCACGACCUCCUUCGCCUUGGCGCCCUCAUGGUAGAAGCCGGGCUCACCACCCGCGAGAAGGGCCACAUCACCGCCGAACAAGAGACAAGCGAGCGCGCGAGCACCGAACACCGCAUAACAGCCAUCUGCAUCAACGCAGCCCUUGCAGAAGACGACUUCGAAACGGCCUACUCCUACGUCGUCAACCGCCUCUCUCCGCGUUCCUCCACGACCGUUGCCCCCCGCGACGACUUCGCAUGGCGCGCCGCCCUGCAAGCAGGCAAGUACCGGCGCACCGCGCGCACGCUCCCGCCGACGCACCUCGGCACGGCCUCGGCCAACGCCGACGUGCGCCACCUCGAGCAGCGCAUCGAGUGCCUCGCCACGGCGCUGCGCAUCGCCCCGCCCGCCACGCUGCACGAGAUCGUCAACGCGUUCCGCCGCGCCGAGGAGGAGCUGGAGGCGGCGCUGCGCGAGGAGGCGCUGCGCGAAGACGAGUGGGAUGCCCGCGGCGACGCGAUCCGCGCCACGGGCAUCGGUGCCAGCGCCAAGACCGCCACCGUGCCGGGCGCGGCGUUCGCGACAGCAGCGGCAACGACCCAGGCUGCGCCGCCGCAGCGUCACCAGCGCCAGAGGGACGCGGACGAAGACGCCGCGCCCAUGUCGCUGUUCGACCUCAGCCGCGCCACCGUGCUGUCUGCGCAGCGGAACCUGUCCGCGCUAUCGGGCCUGCAGCGGUCGGCUGGCUUUGGCCGGUUGGGAGGAGGCGGUAGAAGUAGUGGUGGUGGUGGUGAUGCCGGCGGCAGGAGCAGCCUGGACCAGCGGCCGCUGUCGGCGGCCGGGUCGGCGGCGUCGGCUGGAAGCGGUGGUGGCGGCGGCGGUGAUGGGGAGGAUACUACGAAGAGGGUGCGCAAGCGGGAUCAGCUGCGGGAGGCGGCGAUGGGAACGCUCGUCUCGGGAGUGGGUUGGUUAGUUGGCGCGCCGCCGCCGUCGUCGAUGCAGUCCAGGGAGUGACUGGGGGGUUGGAUGCUAUGGUCCGCUUAUGCCCAGAGUUGGUAGUGACGGUUUGGGGUUUGAGAGGAGUAGUUGUGUGAAUACCCUGAAGUGCGUUGCCGCGGCGGCUGUGUCCACCAUUCGAGUCACCUUGACCUGAGGUUUAUUGGAUACCGUACAAGCCGGUGUACCUUAUGCAUCCAGAUCAUCACUGGCAACAAACUCAGAUCCCGCUGUGUAUUAUUCCUCGAUUGAGCAACCCGU